AUGUCAAUGAAAUAUGUACACACACAAACGAAAACCGCUUAAAAGUUUAUCGGCAUUGAUGAAAAAAUUAGAUCAAUUUUAUUUUAAAUCAAUUAUUCUUAACCUUCAAAAUUAUUGCUCUAAUACCUCCAGGUAGCAAAUUGAUGAAGUAUCAAUCUGUAAACUUUGUAUAUACACUUGAAUAUUUUCUUCAUACCAUCAGAUCAACGUAUCUAAAUGAUACAAUUUUGUGCGAUCAAAAAAUUGAACAAAAGAUAAGAAUUCAAGUAUUUCAAAAAUUUCUGGAAAAAUCUAUUUCUAAAAAGGUUAAAUUUAUUUUUAUUUGGUAAAAAAUCAUGCAUUUAGUGAAAAAUGUUAUUGGUUGGAUAAGUUGUGUACUUAUAAUUUGUGUGUACACUACGGAAUCAAGUCGAGAAUCACCUAUUUUUUCUAACCAUUUUGCUGUACACAUACCAUCAGGCUUAGAGUCUGCUUCAAUCGUCGCAGAAAAAUAUGGAUUUGAUAAUCUUGGACAGAUUGGAGCUUUAAAAGAUUACUAUUUAUUCGAACACAAAAAAUUAAGGAAACGAUCUAUACAAAUUAGUGAUCAUCACCAUGAGGCAUUGUCAAAAGAUCAACGUGUACACUGGUUCCAACAACAGCAUGAAAAGAAAAGAACAAAAAGAGAUAAUAUUGGGAUUGAUUCAGUUUAUGCAGAAUAUCCAUCAUUUUUUCAACGAUACAAUCAAAAAAGCAAUCUUCGAGAUAUUAAAUAUGAUCGUCUUAAUAACAGAGGUAUAUUGCCGCAGAAUGGAUUCACUGACCCACUUUUUAAAGAGCAAUGGUAUUUGAAUGGUGGAGCAAAAGAUGGAUUCGACAUGAACUUGAAGCCUGCUUGGCAAAAAGGAUAUACUGGAAAAGGGGUUGUCAUUUCAAUUCUUGAUGAUGGAAUUCAAUCGAAUCAUCCAGAUUUGGCAAUGAAUUAUGAUCACGAAGCUAGUACAGAUAUUAACGAUAAUGACGAUGAUCCUAUGCCACGAGAUAAUGGUGAUAAUAAACACGGUACACGUUGCGCUGGGGAAGUUGCAGCUGUUGCAUUUAAUGAAUUUUGUGGCGUUGGAGUUGCAUAUAAUUCCAGCAUUGGAGGUGUAAGAAUGCUUGAUGGACCUGUUAACGAUGCUGUUGAAGCUCGUGCCUUAGGCUUAAACCCUGAACAUAUUGAUAUAUAUAGUGCGUCAUGGGGACCAGAAGAUGAUGGAAAAACCGUAGAUGGGCCUGGACCAUUGGCUCGUAGAGCUUUCAUAUAUGGAGUAACGAAUGGCCGUCAAGGCAGAGGGUCAAUAUUUGUCUGGGCUUCAGGAAAUGGUGGUCGUCAUACAGACUCUUGUAACUGUGAUGGUUAUACUAACAGUAUUUUUACUUUAUCAAUAUCAUCGGCCACCCAAGGAGGAUUUAAGCCAUGGUAUUUAGAAGAAUGCAGUUCGACAUUAGCUUCUACUUAUUCUUCCGGAACACCUGGCAAUGAUAAAAGUAUAACAACUGUAGAUAUGGAUGCCAGUUUACGAGAAGAUCAUUUGUGUACGGUUGAACACACAGGAACAUCAGCAUCAGCUCCAUUAGCUGCCGGAAUAGCGGCUUUAGCUUUGGAAGCAAAUCCAACCCUCACAUGGCGUGAUAUGCAGUAUCUUGUAGUGUUAACUUCUCGGUACAGUCCACUUGAUAAGGAAACUGGAUGGAAUAUUAAUGGAAUUAAAAGAAGAGUCUCUCAUAAAUUUGGCUAUGGUUUAAUGGAUGCUGGUGCAAUAGUUGAUUUAGCGGAAAAAUGGACAAAUGUUCCCGUGCAGAGAAUUUGUAAGUCACAAGAAGUGAAUGAGGAUCGACAAAUUGAAUCUACCUAUGGAUACACUUUAAGUGUGACAAUGAAUGUCAGCGGUUGCGAAAAUACCUUAAAUGAAGUCCGGUUCUUAGAACAUGUACAAUGCAAGCUUUCAUUACGGUUUUUCCCGCGCGGAAAUCUUAGAAUUUCACUUACGUCACCAAUGGGAACAACUUCUACAUUACUAUUUGAAAGACCACGCGAUGUACUAAACUCGAACUUUGAUGAUUGGCCAUUUUUAAGUGUACAUUUUUGGGGAGAAAAAGCAGAAGGACAGUGGACAUUAGAAAUUAUCAACGCUGGAACAAGGCAUGUUAAUUCUCCUGGUAUAUUAAAAAAAUGGCAAUUAAUUUUUUAUGGAACAGCGUCCAACCCUAUCAGGUUGCGAACGAGAUAUAGUCUGUUGGUUCCUGAAUCGGAAUAUCAUUCGAUAUAUUACCCGCUAGAAGCGGAACAUAUAGAAGGAGCGGCUUCUCAAAUCGUUCCAUCUAUAAUGACCUACAGUGGCCCAAAUAAUUCUUCCGCAACCGAAAAACAAUCAAAUGAAGUAGGGCGUGACUUGAUGGAAUCAUUAUUGUCAUCGCAAAAUCACUGUGACAAUUUCCGUCUUAAUAAUAAAUGCGUUGAUCGUUGUCCUUCAAGAACAUUUGCUGAUUCUAAUAAUAUCUGUAGAUAUUGUCAUGAAUCGUGUGAUUCAUGUACUGAAUCCAGACCAGAUUCUUGUCUUUCGUGUGCUAACGAGUAUAAGCAAGUGGUUGAUCUAGGAUUAUGCCUUGCACAAUGUCCAGAUGGAUACUUUGAAGGUUCUAGUGGAAAAAAGUGCAUCCCGUGCGCAUCAAAUUGUGCUACCUGCAUUAAUAAACCGAAUUACUGCCUAAGUUGUGAACAUCAUUUGGUACUUUACAAAAAUAAAUGUUACGCUACGUGUCCAAUCUAUACUUAUCAAACGACAGACCAUAAUUGUGAAUCAUGUCACAUUUCCUGUGAAACUUGUAAGACUUCUGACAAAAAUGAUUGCAUCAAAUGUCGCCGUGGAUAUUAUUUUUUGAAAGGUAAAUGCAUGAAAGAAUGCCCACUAGGAUACUAUGAGGAUUCAGAUCGCCGAGAAUGUAUCUCUUGUCCCCAAAAUUGUGCUGUUUGUACAGCACAUGCGUGUGAAAAGUGUAAUCAAGAUUGGAUUAAAGAUGAUAGUGGUAUAUGUCUUCCAGAAAACUUUGCUCUUUGUGAAAAUUUUGAAUUUUUCGCUCAUAAUAGUUGUAAUAAAUGCCAUACCACUUGUAAACAAUGUUUCGGUUCAUCUAUUGAUUCCUGCAUUAGUUGCGAAAAACCAUUAACUUUGCAAAGUAAGCGAUGCAUUUUUACGUGCCAAGAAGGAUUUUAUAAAGCAAUCAAAGGUUAUGAAUACACAUGCGUGCCUUGUCUUCAUACUUGCGCUCUAUGUGAUUCAAAGUCUAACUGCACUUCAUGCCAAAAAGGAUUAGUUCUCCAAAGUGGAGAGUGUAGAUCGGCAUGUUCUGAUGGGUACUAUCAAGAUAAAGACAAAUGUUCCAAGUGUUAUUUUUCUUGUAAAACUUGCACAGGACCGAAAAAAAAUCAAUGCGUAGCCUGUCCAAAAGGUCUAUUUUUAAUUGCUGGUGAAUGUCAAUCAAGAUGUCCUCAAAAUUAUUUCAAAACGACUUAUGGUUGUCAGAAAUCUUCGAAAAUGUGUCGAUCAUCAACAGAUCAAUGUAAAGUUAUCACAAACUCCAGGAAAGUCAAUGUUCGAGAAUUAACUUCUGCUGAAAGCCCAAGUGACUUGGCAAAAAUGGAAAAACUGUCUGAAUUGAAAUUAGCAGACUCCAAUUAAUCCAAUUUUGAGGGAAAUGUGGGUUAAUCACAGACUUAUUCAUUUGUGCAAUUGAGAUCAAUUAUUCGAAUUACCAGAAUGAAAAUUUUGCUCAGGCAAAAGAUAAAUCAUGUCGUUUAGCGAAUCUCAAAGUGUGAUUAGAUUAAAAUAAUUUCCGCACUAAUUUGGAAAUGAAAAUUUUUUUUGAAUUCAAAUAACUGAUUUGCAGAAUUCAACGGUGCAUAAAAAAAUUUCUUCCAAAGUGAAAUAGAAAAUUUGCAGAAUUCAACGGUGCAGGAUGUUUCUGUUUUUAAUAAAAAAAAAAUAAAAAAUAAACAACUAAAAUUAUACAAAUAUAUUAUCAUGUAAAGAUAACAAUAAUCAAUGGCAAAUAAACUAUUUUUA